AUGGCCGCAGCCUCAGACGAGAGUGCUCUCGCAGCGGCCUUCGUUGCACUUUCGAAUGUGCGGGACUCGAAGUACACCUACGUCGCCUCGAUGACGGUCAUGGUCUACGAUAUGCUCCUGACGUUGUCCGAAGAGGUAGCUACCAUCUGGUCAGGAAAGGGAUCCAUCGGAAAAUAUCUUUUCCUCGUCAAUCGCUACGUGGCGCCUAUCCUUUUUACCUUCGAUUUGUACUAUCAACUUUCGCCGCAUCCUUCUCUCGAGGACUCAUCACCCGACAAAAGCUGCAAGCGCGCAUACUUGCCGCCUAACCUUCUUGGCAUUGCUUCGCUCACGUCCGUCGAGUUCAUCCUCGUUCUGCGGACCUACGCCCUUUACCGCUCGAAGGCGCUACUUGCGCUGCUGAGCUUUUUCUGUGCGAUUAGCGCGGCGACCAUGAUGGGCGCGAGUCUCUACUUGAGCGUCAACGUCGUAGAGCUCCAGAACCCAUCCUUCCCGCCGCCGAUCCAGGUCGGCUGCACCGCGAACUGCGCGUCUCCCAUAUGCCGGCGACUACUGACAGCGUUCUGGAUUCCCUUUUUCUUCACCGAGACUGUAAUCUUCAUCUUGACCCUCCGCAAGUCGUACGGAUCAGUCGUUGGGAUGACGAGCCAGUCGAAGCUCGUGCAAGUUUUCUAUCGGGAUGGAUUCAUGUACUACGUCGUGGUCAUGUGCAUCUCGAUCGCCAAUCUCCUCGUUUGGAUUGCGGCACCGGUUUCUCUGUCCUACAUUGCGACCAGCGUCAUGCGGUCCCUGCAGGUCACGGUUGGUUCUCGAAUCCUCCUGAACAUCCGCUCCGCAAAUUCCGACGACUACAUCGCGUCGUACAGUCGGACGGUCACCAGCUCGAGCACGCAGGAGCUGUCGGGCAUGAACUUCGUCGUGCCCGCGGCGGCCGCGCGGUUGCGAGCGCAGGAGCAGAGUAUCAUGUUCUCGGAGGUUACGUCGAGGAGCUUUGGGGAACUGCAGGUCUACGACAGCAGUGAUGAAUGAUGAAGGGCCGGGACAGGGCCGGUAGCGGUGAUGGAUCUAC